AUGGAUGGCCAAGAUGAGGAGAAUGAUGUGCUAUUAUUGGAGCGUACUGCUAGCUCGUUUUUUCGUUACAAGGAAUUUGCGUUAGAAGAGUUCUGGCGACCCAGAAUACUUAGGUGGGAAUCACUGUCCGAGCAUCAGAAACAAAUGAUACCAUGGUAUAACUCAUAUCUUGAGGAUGUACAUGAUGCGAUCGAAACAAACUCCAUUUUUUACAUGAAUCUGUUGGAACGUUCUGUGAAAUUGUGGGGAUUAAAUAGUGAUCCAAACUUAUGGGCUCAACCCAGCGGCACAGAUAUGAGAAAAACAAUCUCAAUGCUUAAUCAGAUAGCAAGAGAAUGGUCAACGCAUUGUGAAGAGGAAAGGGAUCAAUUUUUACUGUUGCUAACAGAAUUUUUAGAAGAAAAGUUUCCAAGCGACCGUAAUACAAUCAAAAUAUUAAUUCCUGGCGCAGGCUUGGGUCGUCUAGCUGUAGAGAUGGUCCGGUUGGGUUUUAAUACUGAGGCCAAUGAAGUCUCAUACCAUAUGCUAAUGAAUAGCCAGUUUAUCAUGGAUGGAGGUCUUCAAAAGGAACAGAUCGCUCUUUUUCCAUUUGUGCAUUCAUUUUCUCAUCACAUUAAUAGGGCAGAGCAGCUACGGCAAGUAAACAUUCCAGAUAUGAAUAUAGUCGAGGAAGUUGGGGGCAAUGGACUUCUUUCCAUGGUAGCAGGAUCCUUUCCGGAUCUGUAUGGACCAAAUGUCAAUAUUAAACAAUCAGAAUCCUAUUCCAAUUCGGCAUAUAUCAGGGAAGUUAGGGCAGCAAAUAGAGGUAGUAAGCACGUCGUCAUCACCAAUUUCUUCAUUGAUACAUGCUCUAAUAUCUUAGAUUAUUUGGAAACAAUUACUCAUGUUUUGAAAGUUGAUGGUUACUGGAUUAAUUUUGGACCCUUCAUGUAUCAUUUUGAACAAGAUCAUCAAACUGAGAUGACUGCCGAUUUUGAUGCAUAUACGGGGGAAUUAUCGAACAUAUUAGAUACCCCCUUAAGGGGAAUAGAAUUGAGUCAUGAAGAUAUUCUUGAAGUGGCAACUACUCACUUUCCGUUCAAAUUAUUGAAACAACAAACCAAUAUUUCGUCCAGUUACGGCACUAAUAAGCUAGAUAUAUCAAUGUUAGGUUACCAAUGUUCAUUUUGGGUUCUACAGAAAACAUAA